ACAGAAGAAAAUGUAAAAAAAAAAUCCAUGCAUAUUUAAAUGAAAACAGGUCUCAAAAAAGAAGUAGCUGUUUUAAUACUGUACCUUGGAUAUGGGUUUUAAAAAUCCCUGACCCCAAAUGGCUUGCAAAAUAUUGCCCAGAUUUCGCGGCAUCACAGAAUAGCUGGAAAGGAUAUUCAACAUGACCUGAUUCGGCCCCUUUUCUUUUCUGAUGGGGCUUCUCAUAUGCUGAAGCAGAGAGACACUCAGGGUCACACUGUGCAAGGUGACAACCAGGACCCAGGUCCCUUGACUGCUGGUUGAGUGCAGUCUGUCCUGACUGUGAACUGAAAGGACAGUACUCCCAUGCCACUUCCGGAAUUCUAGGGAUUGCCUUCUAAUCCAGGUUACAUGCAACAGGAAAACUUGUCACUGCUUUGUAGUCUUUAUAUUUUAAAAUGCUUAUCUGUAUGCAACAAUGUUGUCUGCAUCUUUCUUAAAAUGCUUGAGCAUUUUAUGAAAAUGUAAGAAUAAUCCGGACUCGGACAGGCAUACCUCUUUUUAUUGCGUUUUGCAGAUACUGGUAUUUUUACACAUUGGAGGUUUGUGGCCACUCUGUGUUGGGUAAUUCUGUCAGCACCAUUUUUCCAACAGCGCUCGCUCACUUUGUGUCUCGUUUUUGUAAUUCUCAUAAUAUUUCACACCUCUUUGUUAUUAUAUUUGUUAUGGUGAUCUGUGAACAGUGACCCUUGAUGUUACUAUUGUAAUUGUUUUGUGGCGCCAUGAAUUACACCCAUACAAGACGGUGAACUUGAUGGGUAAAUGUGUGUGUUCUGACUGCUCCACCUGCCAGCUGUUCCCCGGUCUCUGUCCCUUUGCUCAGGCCUCUCUAUUCCCUGAGACACAGCAGUAGUGAAAUCAGGCCAGUGAAUAACUCUACAAUGGCCUCUAGGUGUUCAAGUGAAAGGAAGAGUCGCACAUCUCUCACUUUAAAUCAAAAACUAGAAAUGAUUAAGCUUAGUGAGGAAGGCAUGUCCAAAGCAGAGAUAGGCCGAAAGCUAGGCCUCUUGCGCCAGACAGUUAGCCAAGUUGUGAAUGCAAAGGAAAAGUUCUUGACGGAAAUUAAAAAUGCCACUCCAGCCAAUACACGAGUGAUAAGAAAGCAGAACAGCCUGAUUGCUGACAUGGAGAAAGUGUUAGUGGUCUGGAUAGAAGAUCAGACCAGCCACAACGUUCCCUUAAGCCAGAGCCUCAUCCAGAGCAAGGCCCUGACUCUCUUCAACUCUCUGAAGGCUGAGAGAGGGGAGGAAGCUGCAGAAGAAAAGUUCGAAGCUAGUAGAGGUUGGUUUGUGAGAUUUAAGGAAAGGUGCUGUCUCUGUAAGUUCAAAGUGCCAGGCGAGGCAGCAGGUGCCAAGGUAGAAGCUGCAGCAAGUUACCCGGAAGGUCUGGCUAAGACGAUCCAUGAAGGUGGCUACACUAAACAACAGAUAUUCAACGUGGAUGAAACAGCCUUGUACUGGAAGAGGCUGCCAUCUAGGACUUUCAUAGCUGGAGAGGAGAAGUCAGGGCCUGGCUUCCGAGCUUCAAAGGACAGGUUGGCUCUCCUGUUAGGGGCUAAUGCAGCCGGUGACUGUAAGUUGAAGCCAAUGCUCAUUUAUUAUACUGAAAAUCCUACGGCCCUUAAGAACUACGCUAAAUCUACUCUGCCUGUGCUCUAUAAAUGGAACAACAAGGCCUGGAUGACAGCUCAUCUGUUUACAACAUGGUUUACCGAAUAUUUUAAGCCCACUGUUGAGACCUAUUGCUCAGAAAACAAGAUCCCUUUCAAAAUAUUACUGCUCGUUGACAACGCAGCUGUUCACCCGAGAGCUCUGAAGGAGAUGUACGAUGAGAUUGACGUCGUUUUCAUGCCUGCCGACACAGCGUCCGUUCUGCAGCCCAUGGCUCAAGGGGUCAUUUCAGUUUUCAAGUCUUACUAUUUAAGAAACACAUUUCGUAAGGCUAUAGCUGCUGUAGAUAGUGGCUCCUCUAAUGGGUCUGGGCAGAGUACACUGAGAACCUUCUGGAAAGGAUUCACCAUUCUAGAAGCCAUUAAGAACAUACGUGAUUCGUGGGAUGAGGUCAAAAUUUCCACAUUAACAGGAGUUUGGAAGAAGCUGAUUCCAAACCUCAUGGAGGACUCUGAGGAGCUGAAGCCUUGCGUGGAGGCAGUCGCUGCAGACGUGCUGGGCAUGGCGAGAGGACUAGAACUAGACGUAGGGCCUGAAGACGUGGCUGAAUGGCUGCGAACUCAUGAUGAAGCUCUAACAGCUGAGGACUGGCUUCUUAUGGAUGAGCAGAGAAAGUGGUCUCUUGAGAUGGAGUCUCCUAGCGACGAUGAGGGGAAGAUAGUGGGAAUGACAACGAGGGAUUUGGAACAUUACAUAAGCUUAGUUGAUGAAGCAGCAUCAGGGUUUGAGAGGAUGGACCCCAAUUUCGAACGAAGUUCUGCUGUGGGUAAAAUGCUAUCAAAUAGCAUUGCAUGCUACAGAAAAAUUAUUCAGGAAAGGAAGAAUCAGUCGGUGAGGCAAACUUCAUUGUUGUCUUAUUUUAAGAAGUCGCCACAGCCGCCACAGCCACCCCCGCCUUCGGCAACCACCACCCUGAUCAGUCAGCAGCUACUAACACCAAGGCAAGACCCUCCGCCAGCAAAGAGAUUGCGACUCCCCGAAGGCUCGGAUGAUGGUUAGCAUUCUUUAGCAAUAAAGUACUUUUUAAGGUACGUACAGUGUUUUGCUUACACUACGUACAGUGUUUUGCUUACACUUUAUUUACAUUGACAGAACCUAAGAAGGCAACACCCGACUCUUCCUGCCCCUGGAGACAGGAGCCGAAAACCUGGCCCCUGCGGGCCUCUCCCCACUCCUUUAAUGUGGGGGCCGCGGGGGGCGGGGGGCAGGCUGGCGGGAGAACCAGAGCAUGUAGGUGGUGCCUUUGCAGUGUUUAAAAUUCCAGACGGCUGGAAACUCACCAACUUAGGGCGGCAGUUCUUUCCUGGGCUGGGGUUCCCAGCGUGCCCCCCUUACAAAAAUUCUACGGUUUUGGUUAAGUAGUUCCUUGAACUAUAAUGCAGAAUAUCAAUUUUGGAACCCACCAUGGCUUCCGUUUCAUAUAUAUAUAUAUAU